AUAAAUAAACGAUCAAUAGAAUAAAAUUAAUAUGGAACUGAAUGGGAAUUACAUAUAAUACGUUUGUGCCAAGAAGAUAUAACAUAUGCUAUAUCUUCUUGGGUUAUGGGUUCUUAUCUUUAUGAAGAUUUCCAUGUAUUAUUGUUGUUCAUUCGUUACACACUAUAUUUUGUCCAUUUUGUUUAUUGUGCUCUCAGAUCAUUUUUGUUUGAUCUGAAAUUGUGAAGUUAUAUCUUUUGUUAUAUAUCCCAAAGCCAACAGAUUUGUGGUGUUAAAGAAAUGGGAGGAUGCCUAUGUAGACCGUGUAUAGACCUAUUGUCAAAAAAACCUGAAGAAAACAAUGGAGAAAAUGCAAUCCCACAAUAUGGAACUGCGAACCGACUUCCUUCAAAUGAUCCACAUGGGCAAGAUUUAAAUAGUGACAGUGUAGUUCAACAACUUUUAACAAGUCGGUAUAAUGAUCAAGGCACCUCGAGAUCAAAUUUUCAAGCGUACAAAUCUUUUUCAACUACUGCAAAUGCAGUAUCAAAUAUUCAGACUGUCAACCAAGGCAUUGUAACUUCAACACUUGCUUCAAAUAGGAAAGCGACACGAAUAGAAGGUACUACUACAGCCAAAUUAGGUCCUCAAAGAGCCAUAGGUAAAUCGUCGAGAUUUCUAGGUGAAAGCUGUGAACCAAAGAAAAGAGAGAUUCAGUCGAACAAUAGAAGCAAUAAUAAACCUCAUCCUUCAUCUUUAUGCAAUCAUACUAUUGUACCGAAAAAUGUUCAAAGAAGGAAAUAUGAUCCUAACUACUAUCCAGCAGCCUCAGAAAUUUCAGUUUCAACUUCUGCCGUUUAUCGGAUUUUGCGUGUUUCACCUCUCGAAUCCCGUAUUAUCAGGAGGAGUAUUACCAACAAACAUAUUAUAAUACAUAGUAUUGAGAAAAUUGAGAACAAAUUCCUUGAAUCGAGUUACCAAAUGAAGAAACGUCAAAAACUGAAGUACUUUGAGCAUAUUGAUGAACUUGACUUGUUUCACGGUACAAAAUCGGAUAAUGUAGACAGUAUUUGUAAAAAUAAUUUCAAUUGGAGAUUUUGUGGAACUAAUACAGGGCAUCAAUUCGGUAGUGGGGUUUAUUUUUCUUGUAAUGCCAUGUAUGCUGCGUACUAUUCUUCAGAUGACGAUGAAAAAGUGAUGUUCAUCGCCAAAGUUCUAGUAGGAAAUAAAUGUUUGGGUACACAAAACAUGAAGUUACCUGAGGUGGGUUGUGAUACAUCCGGAAAAUAUCAUGAUAAUAGUGUGCUCGCGAAAUACGAAGAUAAUGAAUAUUAUCCUGCCUAUAUAAUAAGAUUCCAUAUAUCGCCUGAUUAUAUACCUAAGAAUAGAAGAAAGAGAGUAGACAACUGUUCACAUGAAUAGUUCUUCAGUAAAGUCAAACGGAAAAACGAAGAAAUAUGUAUGCUAACUGAAAUAUUUUUCUUCAUUGAUCUUUUAUCACUUAGUUAUUUUGAUUUCAGAGAGACUCCAAUUUUUUCUUGAUAUGUGUCAUGAAAGGAGCUUUUUUUUUUUAAAUACUGACUUCAUUUCAACAGAUUUUUG